AUGUCAGAUGAAGAAACAAUUAAUGAAAAAAAACAUACAAAUAAAAAAAUCGACGAACUUUAUAUACAAAAUGAAAUAGAUAAAUUAAAUGUUGACACGUUAAUCCAACCAGAACAAAAUAAUGCUUUAAAAAAGGUAAUAAAAACUGAUAGAAAAAUUGUAUUGAAUCUUGAUGAAAAAAUUAGUAAAUUGCAAAAAUGUUGUCAAUAUGGAAAACAAGUAUCAAAAAUUAUUAAUUAUAAAGCAGAAGGUUUAAGUAGUAUUUCAUUAAAAGAAAAACUAAAAUUGAUUUUAGAAACAUUUAAUGAAAAUUUUUUGGAUGAUAAUACUAUAAAUAAUAGUAAUCAUUCUUUAGAUUUUAAAAAAAUAUCCAAAUAUUUUAGUAUAAAAACAUUUUCUUUUUGUUCUUUAAAUUAUGACACUAUACCAUUAAAUUUAUUUAUGAAUAAUGUAAGUUCCUUCAAUUUAGAAACAAAAGAGAAAAAAGCUUAUAAUAGAGUAAAAAAUUUGAAUAGCACUUAUAAAAAAUUAAAGGAAUAUGAAUAUAAAGAUGAACCAGAAAUUAAACUAGAAACAUAUGAGCAAUCAAUGAAACUAAAAGAAAGAUUAAAGAUGCUUGAAAAAACUCAAAAAAAUGUAAAAUUUUUGAAUUUUAUCAUUGAUUGUGAUCCAUUAAAUGGAUAUAAUGAAACUACUUUUCGAUUAUUUUUAAUUACAUUACUAGUCUCAAAAGGUCAUGUAGAAUUUUAUAAAGAUAUAAAUAAUACUUUAUGUAUUAAAUCUAGUAAUAUAUUUGAAAAAGAAAAUGAUAAUGAAUUUUUAUAUGAUGAAAAUAAAGAAAUAAAAAAAAAAAACCAAGCUAUGUUAACAGCUUGGUCUUAUCAUAAAUGGGAAAAAUUAAGAAAUCAAUUAAAAAAAGCUACUUAA